AAUUGUCAUAUCACAAAUAUAGAAGGUUUGCUUAAGAUAAACAGUACAUCAGAUCAUACAGCCCGAAAGCAGGCUUUAUAUUGGAUAAUACACUUAACAUGAAAUAGACCUUGAAAGUUAUAUUAAGUAUUAAAGGGAUUUUCUUUUGUUUCAUCAAGAGAUGGCAAAUUUCCUAUGAAGGAUAGUAAAAUCUACAUUGUGCAGUGAUGGCGGACAUAUUACUGCACCUAGUGUUUGGUGUGUUUAGAGCAGUGACCUUGGUCUACAACAUUGUCACCUUUGUACCUUACUAUGUUGUGUGCCAGCCUGGAGAAAAGCUGAAACGAUCAAAUAGGCUAAAGGCAAAGAGAUUAGAUGUAGAUCCUGAUACUCCAUACAGGGCUGUAGAAGUUGCUUUAAAAGAGCUCACAACCACACCCUUCCCAGAAUGCCGUACUUUAGAUGAUCUCUUCAUACGUGCUGUUAGAAUAUAUGGCGGUAAAAAAUGUCUUGGUACGAGAGAAGUUCUCCGCGAAGAGGACGAAAAGCAACCGAAUGGAAAAGUCUUUAAAAAGGUGAUACUUGGUGAAUAUAACUGGAUAUCAUUCGAGGAGGUAUUUACACGUAUAACCAACUUAGGCAGUGGUUUAUUAGCUUUAGGACAGAAACCUCGCUCUAAUACCCUCAUAUAUGCUGAGACCAGGGCUGAAUGGAUGAUUGCUGCACAAGCUUGUUUUAAAUAUAACUUUCCAGUUGUGACAUUGUAUGCAACAUUAGGAGAAGAUGCCCUGGUACAUGGUAUCAAUGAGAGUGAAGUCAGCUAUGUCAUCACAUCAGCUGACCUUCUACCCAAGUUUCAGGGAAUCUUUGACCAGAUCCCGAAGGUUACUCACCUGAUUAUCAUGUGUGAUGAACAAAGUGUUUCCAAGAAAGAUUAUCCGAGCCAUAUUAAAAUAUUGACGUUUGCAGAAGUUGAAUUGAUUGGAGCUGAGCCUGAUAAUAUGAGAACACCAGUUACAAAACCAUCUAGGGAUGAUACAGCUGUUAUAAUGUAUACAUCAGGCUCUACUGGUAAACCUAAAGGUGUUAUUAUAAGUCAUGGUAACCUGAUGUCGGGGAUGUCAGGUCAGUGUCAGAGGAUAGAGGGAUUGGGACCACAUGAUACAUACAUUGGAUAUCUACCUCUAGCUCAUGUACUUGAACUUAGUGCAGAAACUGCCUCACUGUCACAUGGUGUUGCCAUUGGAUACUCCUCACCUCUCACUCUCACAGAUCAGUCGAGCAAGAUCAAGAAAGGUAGUCAAGGAGAUAUUAGUGUUCUAAAACCUACUCUGAUGGCUGCAGUACCUGUGAUUAUGGAUAGACUGUAUAAAGGUGUAUGGGACAAAGUAAAGUCUGGUAGUCCAUUUAGUCGUGCUCUGUUCCAGUUUGCCUAUGAAUACAAGAAGAAUUCCCUAGAGAAAGGUUACGAUACACCAGUUUUUAACAAAAUUUUGUUCAGUAAGAUACAGCAGUUACUGGGUGGUAGACUGAGAAUGAUGUUAAGUGGUGGUGCGCCACUCUCGGAGAAAACACAGAGGUUUAUGAACAUUUGUUUCUGUUGCCCGGUAUUACAGGGUUAUGGCCUUACAGAGACCUGUGGAGCCGGAACAGUCUGUGAUGUAAAUGAUAUGAGUACAGGGCGUGUUGGACCACCUUUGACAUGUUGUGAAAUCCGACUCAGAGAUUGGCUAGAAGGAAAUUACCUAAAUACAAACAAGCCUUACCCCCAGGGUGAAAUUCUGAUAGGUGGUGGCAAUGUUGUACAAGGUUAUUAUAAGAACAAGGAGAAAACAGAGGAAGAUUUCACUGUCAUUGAUGGUUUACAAUAUUUCUGUACCGGUGAUAUAGGGCAAAUAGAGAGUGACGGAAGUUUGAGGGUGAUUGAUCGUAAGAAGGAUCUUGUGAAACUACAGCAUGGAGAAUACAUAUCUCUCAGCAAGAUUGAGACAGCAUUAAAGAUGAGUCCACUAGUAGAACAAAUCUGUAUCCAUGCCAACAGUUCACAGUCUGUGUGUAUAGCGCUGAUUGUACCCAGUCAGAAAAACCUUACAGAGCUGGCAAAGAAAGUGGGCGUGACUGGAAAAGAGAUAGAAGACUUAUGUGAAGAUGAGAAGGUGGAGAAGGAGGUGUUGAAAGAGUUAGCUGUUGUUGGUAAAAAAGCAAAAUUGGAGAAAGUUUUAAAUUUCCUGCUCAAGUUAAAGUUGUUGCCCAGAACCUUAGGAUGCCACGAUUACUGA